GCAAGAUGGCGGCGCCCACACAUUCAACAACACGAAGGAAGGGCAGUUCAUAAACCGAGCUAUGGUUUUUCUCGUGAAAAUAAUUUGAAAACAAAUAUAAAGUGCAAUCGUUCUCUGCAGUAGGUCGCGCGUUUUCUUUUUCAUUACGAUACAUUUUUGUAAUGAUACGCCUAAUGAUGGUUGAAAUGUUCACGUGCACUCCAAUGUUUUUAAAGCUGCUGUCUGAGGAGUAAAUAUUCAUCCGAACUAACUGCACAUAUUAUAGGAGGAUAAUAUAGCAUUAAUGCGCUCUCACACUUUCAUUGGUCUCGGUAAUCAUUAAUGGGAUCAAGCACAGGCAUGAGAUGUGCAAAAACAUUGCAGCUCACCCUUGCGGUCAUUAAACCAGAUGCCGUGGCUCAUCCUCUCAUUCUGGAGGCUCUUCAUCAGAAGAUUGUAGAAAACUUCAUUAUAAUCAGAAAAAAAGACCUGGCGUGGAGAAGAGUAGAUUCAGAAAGGUUUUAUGCAGAACAUGCAGGGCGUUUUUUCUAUCAAAGACUGGUUGAAUUCAUGUCAAGUGGCCCAAUGAGAGCUUACAUUAUAGCCAGAGAGGAUGCUAUCACUCACUGGAGAGGGAUGAUGGGCCCAACAAAAGUGUUUAGAGCUCGUUACGCCUCAUCAGACAGCUUACGGGGCCAAUACGGGCUGACUGACACUAGAAACACCACCCAUGGUUCAGAUUCCAUUGAAUCAGCCAGGAGAGAGAUUGCAUUUUUCUUCCCAGAAUUCCUUGCAGAUGAGUGGAUGAAGAGGGAAGAGCCUGGUUUCAGGUUGGGACCUAUUGAAUAUGAUGAACAGAGACAAAUUCACACUCGACAGAUAACAGGAUUAUAAUUGCAGGAUACAAUGC